GUUUACGAGUGUUUUGUAUGGCAUUGAAGGCAAACACGUGUUUGCAUUGAAUCCCGAGUUUGUGGUCAACACAUCCCCUCUCAAAGACAUCACAUCCUUGUUAUCACGUGUUGUUUCACUAAUACUAAACCCAAUCGACAAUGUCUUCGCUAAAGAGGGCCAUGAAAUCCAAGCAACGGCUGCAUAAAGAGAGACAUCAGCCCGAAUCGAGAAAACAAUUUGGAUAUCUGGAGAAGAAACAGGACUACAAAGCGAGGGCCAAUGAUUACCAGAAGAAGCAAAACGCGUACAAACUGUUGCGACAGAAGGUGUUGGACAAGAACUCAGAGGAGUUUGACUUUCAUAUGAUUAAAUCGCAACUCAAAGACGGCGUUCACUACGAGAUCCGCGACGACGACCGCGAGCUCACCAAAGAU